AUGCUUCUGCUGCUCCUCACCCUUCUAUCAAUCGCAUCAUUUACAGCGGCAUCCACACCAACCUCCUUCUGCAAAUGCACCUGCUUCUCAAAUAGCACCAUCAUCCCCCUCGACCCAUCCAAAUCCAGCUCCGGCACAGGCGCCGGCCUCAACAACAAGCUAUACGAACGCGCGUUCAGCACCGAGGAGCUAGAGAAUGAUCUCUCGCAACAGCAACAGCAAAGAAAACAGCAACAACAACAGGUCGAGGUAGACACCGAAUCCGAAUCCGAAUCCGGCACUGAUGCAGGUGGUACAAUCACCGAGCGCGCGCAGAAAUACCGCGCGUUGAGCUGCAAUGAUUGCAAUCGCAAGUUCUGUCUGGAUUAUGAGUUGCCGAUUUGUAAGGAUGCGAAGGAGGAGGAUGUUUUUACGACUUGUUUUCAACGCGAUUCUCGAAAAGACGAGGCUGUGGUAUUCAUUUUCAUUUUUGCUACUGGCGGGUUACUCGCAUGGGCAUUACUCAAGCCCUGGGUUGAGAAGUAUAUCGAGGCUGCCAGGGAACGCCGAUCAUAUAUGCCUGUUGGGGAACCUGAAGGGUAG